AUGAGCUCAGGCCCAACUCCCUCUCUGCCCAACUCGAUUCCACCUGUUCGUUCGCUGGAGGCUUCGCUAGAGAGGACAGAUCCGAACAGCGAAAGCACCGGCAGCGUGUCGGACAAGGACAUAAAUAAAAGGAUUUGCGUGCACUACCGUGAGCUGACCACAAUUUUCAACGGGACAACAAGAGCAUCUAUAAAAACACCCAAUAGAAAUGGCAGACGUCGAAGAACAAACUCGGCAGUAACGCCCAAUUACUUGUUUCUUGAUGAGUUAAGUGAUGAGCCAAUGAACACCCCAGACAAUGAUCGGUGCACUCCUCGCCGUAAAGGGACCACUUCGACCUUCGACACGACCAUGAAUUCUAUUACUGAAGCAAGCCACAUAAUCCAGCAAAAUGCGCGUCCAGAAGCAGAUCAAAAGAGCCUCUAA